AUGGCAGCCUGGGGCGCCCUGCCCACCCUGGACAAACUCUGGGGCCUGGGAGGGCGCCCAUGCCAAGCCUGUUCUCUGCUGUGCCAGAUGUGUGCUGUGAACAACGGCGUGCUGGUGGGGAACUGGUCGGGGGACUACAGCAGGGGCACAGCCCCGUACGUGUGGAGCAGCAGCGUGCCCAUCCUGCAGCAGCACUACAUCACCAGGGUGCCCGUGUGCUUCGGGCAGUGCUGGGUCUUCUCUGGAAUCCUGACCACAGCACUCAGGGCAGUGGGCAUCCCAGCUCGCAGUGUGACCAACUUUGAGUCAGCACACGACACAGAAAAGAACCUCACGGUAGACAUCUACCUGGAUGAAUCUGGCAAGACAAUCCCACAUCUGACCAAGGACUCAGUCUGGAAUUUCCACGUGUGGACAGAUGCCUGGAUGAAAAGGCAGGAUCUCCCGCAGGGUAAUGACGGCUGGCAGGUCCUGGAUGCUACACCACAGGAAAUUAGCGAGGGUACGUUUGCAUGGGGCGCAGAGGAGCUGGGGACAGAGGCCAUGUCUGCUGUUCUUCUGAGUGCUCUGUGCGGGGUCAAGUGCACCUUGGUGGUAACCCUCACACUGAGGUGACAGCCACGGGACACAGCAGCAAGUGUAGGUGCUGACAGGAUGUACAGCUAGCUAGCUCACAACUCAUCUUUUCAAAAGUGUUUAAACUAUUUAUUUACUGGUUUGUGUGUAUACACAUGUGAAUCAUGGUGCCCAUGUGGAGGUCAGAGGUCAG